CAAAGAAAUGCCAAUGGAAGGCCCCAAUUGGCUAGAUCGAUUGCUGGAUUGUCUUUUACUAGAUGUUAAGAACUCCACUAUGAGGUAGGAUGCAGGACAAGCCAGCAUCGGCGAUUAACUUGAACGCAUACCUAUAAAAUGAAAUCAAAUUCCCAGAACCAAAUCGAAUAUGCUACGACUCCUUACCUAUACCUGUGAUCUCAAAGGAAAAGCAUAUUGAAGUUUUCACUCACAACAAUCCACCCGUAAUUCAAAAUGUCGUCUCCACAGUGGUUCAUCACCGGCGCCUCCCACGGCUUCGGCCUUCUCCUCUCCCUCAAAGCUCUGAAAGCCGGCCACCGCGUAGUCGCCUCCGUCCGAAACAAGACCAAAUCCGCCGACGCCGUAAACCAAAUUGAGGCCGCAGGCGGUCAAAUCCUAGAAUUGGACCUCAACGAGUCUAAAGAAAGCAUCACCAAAAAAGUUCAAGCCAUCGGGCCAAUCGACUACCUAGUCAACAACGCAGGUUUCUUCGUCCUCGGUGCCGUCGAGCAAGUCACCGAACAGGAAGCCCACAUCCAACUACAAACCAAUUUCUUCGGCCCGCUCUUCACAAUUCAAGCCGCCCUCCCCCUCAUGCGCCAACGCCGGAGCGGCACAAUAGUAAACCUAAGCAGCAUCGCCGCACAAGACCCAACCCCCGCAAGCGGGCUCUACGCCUCCUCGAAAGGCGCCUUAGAAGCCCUAUCCUCAUCCCUAGCCAUCGAACUCGCGCCCUUCAACAUCUCCGUCCUAAUAAUCGAACCGGGCGCCUUCCGGACAAACUUCCUCGCCGCCCUAACACCCCCCUCCGCCCCGCUCCCCGACGGAUACGAAGGCACAAUAGCGCAAACCGCAACACGUGCAUAUAUCGAAAAAGACGGAAAACAAGUCGGUGACCCACAGAAAGGCGUAGAUCGUAUUUAUGAGGCUAUUACCGGGGAGAGCGGACCGGCGGGGCAUUUAAAGGGGAAGGUGUUAAGGUUGGUGAUUGGACGCGAUGCAUUGGAGCGGAUACGUAAGACGAAUGGGAAGUUUAUGCAGGAUUUGGCGGCUGGGGAGGAGGCUACUUUGAGUACGGAUUACUAAAGAUAUGAUAGGAUAGGGUAAGAUGGGUUGAGGUUGGAAGGGGACUGUUAGGAGUAAGUCGAUGCUGACAUACACCUAACCAAAAAAGUGGUCGAGGCAAAUAUACCUCUGGUUGGUCACAUCGCUGAGUCAAACGAGCUCAAGUCUUGUUAGCACUUAAUGAAUCAUGGU